AUGGAGACUCUGGCGGCACUCCGGCCACGUGCCCGCACGCUGGUGCUGGGGGUGGUGACAAACCUGGUCAUUGACAAGCACAUGGGCGGCUGGACGCUGGGAGACAGAACGUCCCGCAGGGAAGGAGAUGCAGCCAUUGGAGGAGAGGAGGAUGGGACCCCCGCGGGCGAGGGGCCACAGGCAUCCACGGAGGAGACCUCCGGAGACCAGACCAGUGUAGGAGCCGCAGAUGCUGCAGAGCCUGCUGAUGGGGAGGCCACAGCCCCGGGGGGAGCUCCGCCCUAUGGAGAGGGCCCACCUGAUGGAGAAGAGGAGGAAGUCAUGCCUGAAGGAGAAGAGGAGGAAGGAGUGCCUGACGGAGAAGAGGAGGAAGUCAUGCCUGAAGGAGAAGAGGGGGAAGGAGUGCCUGAUGGAGAAGAGGGGGAAGUGGCGCCCGAAUGGGAAAUGGAAAACGAGGAGACCCUGGAGACGGGAGGGGAGCUGGAGGAGGAAGGGGAGCAGGAGUCUGAUGUGAAAAUCGUGUCCUCCGAGGGGAAAGCCAGCUCCAUAGAGGUCACCUCCUCAGACACCAGUCUUGUGGACACGGCUGGGGACUCGGAGUCCGCCCAGCAGGCAGCAGGCUUCUCUGAGUGGCCGGGCCAGGAUGCUUCCAGACUUAGGCUCAGCCAUUCGACGGAGUCCGAUGACGAGCUCCAGCGGGGCCCCCCGCACCCCCUGCGGCCGAGCUCGAGGGGCCGGACCCCAUCCUCGGACGAGCUGUCCCUGACCUCGGAGGCGUCCUUGGCCCUGGAGCCAGGCAUGGCCGCCCCGGCGUCCCGGCCGUCCCCCAGGCCCGGGCCCCCGCCCUCCUUCCUGCACAGGAUCCAGCACCUCAGCCUGGAAGAGGGGGUCGCAGAGCCACCGGGGUCGGAGGGCAGCGACGAGCCAGAUGAGGACGUGUCCCACCUGGUGGUCUUGGACCCCAACCACCCCCUGAUGCUAAGGUUCCAGGCCGCGCUGAACAGCUACCUGAACCGGCAGGUGGAGAAGCUGCAGCUGGAGCUGCUGGAGCUGGGCGUGGCUUCCAAGCAAAGCCAAACGCAGCGGCAGGAGCUGGGCGUGGACCUGUACGGGGUGCAGCAGCACAUGGCGGCCCUGCAGGUGCAGCUGGAGAAGAGCCACGACCGCUACUCCCUGGCCACGUGUGCCCGGCAGCAGACGGAGGAGGAGCUGCAGCGCAUGCGCCUGCUCUACACCCGCACCUGCGAGGCCGCCAACGCCGAGCGCAGGAAGUUGGCGGCGCUGCAGACCGAGAUGGAGAACCUGGCCCUGAACCUGUUCUACAUGCAGAACAUCGACCAGGACACGCGGGACGACAUCCACGUGAUGAAGCAGAUCGUGAAGAAGUCGGAGGCGGAGCGGGUGCGGGCCGAGCGGGACAAGAAGCAGCAGGACCUGCACGUGGACCAGCUCACCACCCGGGCCCAUGAGCUAGAGGAACAGAUCGCCCUGUUCGAGGCCCAGUCAGGGGCCCAGGCAGAGGAGACCCGCAUGCUCCGGAAAGCCGUGAGCGAGGUAAGAGGGACCCCACGCCCUCCGCCCAGAGGCACCUGCAGCACCACCGUGCGGCGCCCACGUGCCUGUCCAACGAGUGAGCAGACCACCUCCAACAAGAUGACCAAGUACUUCCACCAGCUGCUCCACAAGCUGCAGAAGCAGAAGACCAACCUGGUGACACACCUCUCCAAGAUCGACGGCGACAUCGCCCAGGCCACGCUGGACAUCACCCACACCAACUGCCGGGCGGACGUGCACCGGGAGGCGCUGGCCGAGCUGGACAAGGAGGUGCAGAAGGUCAACGAGCUCAUCGGCAACAGCGAGCCCCUUUGCCGCCCGCAUGCCUCCGCCACAGAGAAGAUCGAGCAGGAGAAGAGGGAGCAGAAGGACAUCCAGCGGCACAUGAAGGACCUGGACAACGACCUGCGCAAGCUCAACCUGCUCCUGAGCCGCAACCGCAGCAGCUCCGAGGGCCUGCAGCAGGCCAACCUGCUCACCGAGAGCCAGUUCCUGCAGGCGCUCAAGGUGCGCCCGGCGGGCGGGCCCACGGCCCAGGGGCAGGGCGGUGGUAGUGGGCACAGUGUGGACACACAACACCAGAUCCUGCUCUGGGAGAAAAAGAUCCAGCUGGCCAAGGAGAUGCGGGCCUCGGUGGACUCGGAGACGGGCCAGAAGGCGUACAGGAGGCGGCUGGACAAGCUGGAGCAGCUGAACCAGGAGAAGAUGUCGCUCCUCAACCGCCUGGUGGAGGCCGACACGUCUCUGAUCCGGCCCAAGAACUUCUCUGAGCUGGUGACCCUGCAGACGCGCCUCAAGCACCUGCAGGCGGUGAAGGACGGCCGGUACGUGUUCCUGUUCCGCACCAAGGCGGCGCAGCUGGAGGAGCGCAGGCGCCUGGACCACCGGCUGGCCGCCAUCGGCGCCAUCCUGGACCACGUGAAGGACGAGCACCCCCAGUUCCAGGAGGCCCUGCUCAAGCUCAGACAGACGGUCGCCAGCCAGCUGGACGCCCCCGGGCCCUCCUAGCGCGCAGCCCUGCCCGCGCCUCCCAGGCCUGCCGGCCGGGAAGAGACCAGGGUGCUGCGUAUUCCCUGGGAGCCGUAUCUUUUUGUGUCCCCGGAAGCCACGUCCACCUGCAGAGAAUGACGCUGAGAGAACAGGCCAGCGCUGCAGGACACUGGCCACCCGCUUGUUUAACCCAAGUCGCCUCCCGACCUUCCUGGUGGCGUUAGGCAGGUCAUCCCUUUGCAGAGGCAGCGCCCGAGAGGCCAACCCCGUGCCCAGGCUGACGGAGCACGUGCUCCCUGAGCACCACCUGGGCUGUGGAGGCUCCCGUUUCUGCACGUGCGCACCUGCAGACUCACACCCACCUCCUCCUGGGCAGCUACCCGCUCCCACCCCACAGAGAACCGGGUCCCUUCUCCUCCCCCACUCCGGCCCGGGUUAAAUCCAGACUCUCCCCCGAGGGAGACCGGGCUUACAGAGAGCCGACCGCUGAAAUAAGACAGACCCACCCCAGGGCUGCCCACUGGUCCCGCCUCCAGGGUCGGGAGCGCCCUCCUCCCGCACCCGGUCCCCCAGCACCUGCUAGCCGGCCUCUCUGCAGUGGAACGGGAAGGGUUCUAUAGAAUUUCACUUGCACACUUUUCAACAGAAAAGUAAAUAUUUUUUCCUGAA